CUUCUUCACAACCGCCAUUUGCAAACGCUCAUCUCCUUGCGCGAGCAGAAUGUACGGGUAGAUAUUACAGAGUCUCGCAUGAUCUAUCCGUUUGCGCUUUGAGCCCUUUUCUUCAUUGCCCUUCAUUUCCUCCCCCGCUCCCUGUGCAUCCUCUAUGUCACAACUCCGCGUCCUUCAUACGAGGUUCACCUCAGUAUGCCGCUGUAAUUUCGUUUGGAGAAACAUCCCGCGGCAGCAGGAAGACCAUCCUCUCCUGCUUUGUCGCCAGCGGGCACAACAGCAACAACAAAGAUUUUUCCAUCCGUCGCGCCGGAAACUCCAAGACACCUUCCCCAACCACUACGCUACUUUGGACCUUCCCGUCUCCGCAACGGCAGCAGAAAUCAAAAAGCAGUUCUAUGCACUGUCGAAGAAGUUCCACCCGGACGUGAAUCGCGAUCCCAGCGCCAGCGAACGCUUCGUCGCCAUCAGCGAGGCGUACCAUGUCCUCGGCUCCCCGGAUAAGAAAGGGAAGUACGAUCGGGACCUCCAGCGUGCACACGCGACACACCACGCAACCCGGCACGGCAGCCACCAUUCGUCAUCCAUGCGCAGCGGGCCUGCGGGUGGACGGCCAGCGAGCGGGCUGAGCAAGAGGAGAAGCCAUUUUAGGGGCCCCCCGCCGAGUUUCUACACGCAGGGCGGUUAUGGGACGCAGGACGGGAGGCGACGGCGCGCGCAGCACGAGGCCGACGCCUGGAGCCAGCGGCGGUCUGCGUCUGGAGAUCCGAACCACCCUGGCGGACUAGGCUCUGCGCCCGACUAUCAAGGUACGGGCGGGUUCUCGCCUGGCAACGAGUCGGGGUACUAUCCUGACCCUAAUCUGCCGUACUUCGACAAGGAGAGCCACAGGCGGACGCACGAGGGCCUUGAUGCGAGAAGGGAGCGCAUGGAUGGAGGCAAUACGGGACAUAGGGAUCCGUACGCGCAGCAAAACAGCUUGAUCACGAACUUCCUUGUCGUCAGUGCGGUAGUCGCGACUGCUACGAUGCUAGCCACUAUGGUGACGGGCUUUGUCAACAGUGCCGGGUCCCACGGGGCGGGACGGUCGAGGAGGAGGGGAGACGGAUGAUUCAAAAUCAAGAUAAGAAAAGAGAGAUAGAGUGUGUGGGUGCUGGGAGAAUGAAGCGGCGGCCACUCUUGUCGCUGUGCUAUCUGUGGGCCUAGCUAUACUUUUCUACAGCUCCCGAGACGCUGUUAUCUGCCAUUUGUAUGCCUUCCGAUUUAAGCCAUUG